AUGGAAAUUUUCUUUAAAAGCAUUUUCCUGCAGUUUAAUCAAGAAGAAGAAGAGCUGAUGUUAUUGAGUCGUUUUGCAGGAGAAACUGAGUUGAAGGAUUGGUGUAAGUGUGGCAAUUGCAGUUUAGAUUAUGUUGUUAAAUCGGACGAAUGUUGGUGCUGUUUUGAAGUCGAUCGGUGCGUUUCAAAGAUGGAGGAUGCUGGUAUGGAUGAUCUUUGUAUUACGGAACAUAGAGGAUUCGAAAAUGUUUGCUUGGACGAGUGGGUCCUUGAUACGGCUGCUGUUGGGCUAAAGACUAGAAAGAAGAAAUCGUACAGUGCUAAUCGUGGGGAAGCGACGGAUUUUGAGUAUUUUAGGGCAAUCGCUUAUAGGCAGUUUGUGCGUUUUGUUUGGGAGUACGUCGGGGCAAAUAAAAGACUUCCCUUGUGUUUAUUCUAA